UCAUGGAAUUUGGAACUUGUUUUUGCAAAAUUUUUGGGGUAUUGGUUGCUAUUUUUUCUUUUUUAAUUUUUCGUCCGAGGAAGUGGCAUUACAAGGUCCUGCGCGAAACAUAUCCGUUAGUGUAUUUGCCAAUUUAAACCAUUCCCUGAAUCGGCCCCUUGUUUUGUUCUUCUUUAAACACAGUGCCAGAGUAAACGUUAGAAAAGCUUUAGUUGCAUCUCUAGCCGUUCCUACUGGUGGCUAAAUACAGCAUACACGAAAAGUGUCUGCUUCAAAAGUAAGAUUAAAUCGACAAGCUUCCUUGGUACGUGUGAGGGCUUGUUUGAUACGUCCGUGGCUAGACAAGAGCAAAGUUGGCCUUUAGUAAUAGCCUUUUGAAAUUAGUAAGUUUCAAAAAGGUUCACUGUUCAUUCGGAGAAAGUUGAUGUAAUCAUCGGGUUCUGAGAGUAAUAUUUCCUUUAGCAUAUUUUCAAGGGUAAAUCUCUCAUUUCCUGUACCAUAGUCAUGUUUCUUCUGCUUCUUCUUUAAACACAGUGCCAAAGUCAAUGCCACGAAUGCUUGGCGUGCAUUUGUGACCGUACUCGCUACGCUCAAAAUGCACACGGAGACGAAUAUCUGAUACGUGGGGAGGCGCCGCCGCAAGUUGCUUUCUCCGUUCGAUUCACCCGUAUCGGUUGUUUCCCUCUGGCGUUGCUAAUCUUUGCCUCGUUGGCCGGUGGUGGUGCUGAUGGGCUUCGAAACGGCCGGUACGUGUCGCUGCUCAGAGAGCGAAACUUGUGUUUGCGUGGAGUUGGCUGGAUUUGACCGGUGUAUGUGGGUCAGAGUGCGGAAGCGGGCCUGUUAUUGCAAGUUCUUGAAUCGUGACGGGGCCAUAGUCUUCUACACAGGACGCUGAGCAAUGUGGUAUUCAUUUUGGCUAGUGGAGUUGAACUAUGUACCACCCAACUGUCUAUUGAAGAAGUAGACAUCCAAGCUUUCUAGUGUUGCAAUCGGGCCUAUGCGUGUUAUCACUAGAUUCUACCUUUUCUUGUGAGUGUCAAUACUGUAUUGGAACUGCGAUGUACUGGUGUAAUAAUAUUAUGCUUUGUAUUAUCGUUGCCCUUUUAAAACUAGUCUGUUUGUGCUGGGGCAGUUUUACAUAUUUUGAAAUUUGAACUCUACAGUUAAUUCUUUUAACCAUUUUUAAUUUGCCUUUGUCUUGAUGUGAUCUAUCUUUGAAGAAUUUUAUCUUGCUAUAUUUUGGGGCUGUUAACAUUGUUUCUUUUGGCUGUGGCUGUGUGUUUCUGCUUUUCCGUUGCAGCACUGCAGCGGGCACCUAGUCCGUGUCUAGAUCGAUGUCCGGAGUUCGACGCCUUGGCCGACCAGUACCAGAGGUUCUUUUGGCCGCGGGGAAAAUGGCAACCGAUACGGGGGCCACUGAGUUCUUCGGGUUGCAGUGAGUGGGGAUCUUGCAUUAAGUUUCCUCUGCAUGGGACGCCAAGGGGUCUUCGAGACAGGCUCGCCCACAGCGUGCAAAUACGACCGAACUUCCAGCCCGGCGCGGAGAAAACCUGUCGGGUGGCGCGCAAGGUCGAGGCCGAGCCGCUGAUGGCGCAGACUGUUCCAGAAGGUCUGUUUCCGCACGACCGACCGUGACGUCGCGGCUCGCAAUUGGACGGCGCGCCUCCGCGACCGGGCGGGCCCCUCUCCCGUGUAUAUAGAGGCGGGCGCAGCGCCGCGCGCGCGCCAGUGGCGGCAUGGCGUACUACCGACGCAACACGCUGCGCUGCGAGUUCGCGGGCGGCGCCGACCGGCCGACGGAGCGCGAGGUGCACCGCUGGGUGCGCACGCAGCUGCGCGUGCCCGACGCCGAGCUGAAGGCGCUGCAGCUGCACACCCAGCACGCCGUCGCCUUCCUCAAGCUGCGCUCGGACGCCGCCUUCCUGCAGCUGGCGGAGCGCCUCUGCGGCGGCGCCGCGCUGCAGCUGCAGUCGGGCAAGCUGACGCCCGUGCGCGUCUCCGUGGCCGACGACGACGGCGGCGUCGAGGUGCGCGUCUUCGACGUGCCGCUCGAGGUGCCGGACGCCGAGUUCCGGCGCGCGCUGGCGCCCUACGGCAAGGUGGUCCACACAUCCACAGGGGAAAUGCCAACUGCUUCAUGGUUUGAGGAAGAUACCAAACAACCAGUAACAGAUGUUGUAGGCAGCUCCUCUGGGAUGAAGUGCCAGCAAGGUGCCACAUGGUUUCAUUAAGUGUAUGUGGGUGCAAAAGGACGUAAAAUGUUUUCUUGUGAAAAAUGCAUGUGUUUUUGACACUGGAAUACUCUGACUGGGUGGAAUAGCCCCACAGUUUUUAUACACCAUAAUAUCUGCCUUUUUGAGAUGUGUGUUUAAUACUUUGUACAUGUAAAGGAAUUUCGACGUUUCACAUGCUGGAAUAAAAUCACAGUUAACAUACAA